CCCCGUGCUGUGUUUUUGCGGCCAGUUCCUGGUCUGGUCAGGUGACUACUAUCACGUGAGGCCUCGGGAGAUUGAAUGGUGCCGCCGCCGCACCGCUUCUGCCUGUCCCUCCCUUUGCCGUUGGGACGGGGAUGAGCGUCCGCGAAGCAGCAGCGCCUUGUCCUGCUCCGACCCGGGUCGCUGCCGCCGCCGCCGCCGCCUCGUUCCUGCACGACUGAAGUGCUGCCGCCUGCCGGCUCGCAAGGCUCGGCUUCAUCCCUUCCCACGGCUCCUCUGCGGUCGCCGAGGGGCGGUUAUCCCUCCCCCCGGAGAUGCGGCUGUGGGGCUUCGUCGUGCUGGCCUGGAGCGUGGCUUCUUCGGCCGCGGCUUGGGGCAAGGGCGGCAGUUACUGGCUGGACGAUGCGGUCGGGCUGGCCCGGGAGUUCGAUGGCAUCGGGGCCGUCAGCGGCGGAGGGGCUACCUCCCGGCUUCUAGUGAAUUACGCAGAACCUUAUCGUUCUCAAAUUUUAGAUUAUCUUUUUAAGCCAAAUUUUGGUGCUGCCUUACAGAUUCUUAAAGUAGAGAUUGGCGGUGAUGCACAGUCUACAGAUGGAACUGAACCAUCUCACAUGCACUAUGAAGAUGAUGAAAAUUAUUUCCGGGGCUAUGAAUGGUGGCUGAUGAAGGAAGCUAAAAAGAGGAACCCUAAUAUUAAAUUGAUUGGAUUGCCCUGGGCUUUUCCAGGAUGGGUUGGAAGAGGUGAAAACUGGCCCUAUGCUCAUCCGGAUGUCACUGCUUAUUAUAUUGUCACCUGGAUUAUAGGUGCUAAAAAAUUCCAUGAUUUGGACAUUGACUACAUUGGGAUCUGGAAUGAGCGCUCUUUCGACAGCAAAUAUAUCAAGCUUUUAAGAUACACUUUGGAUAAACAAGAGCUUCAGCGAGUGAGGAUCAUUGCCAGCGAUAACCUGUGGGAGCCAAUUUCCUUUCUUGUGCUGCUUGACUCUGAGCUCCGUGAAGCAGUCGAUAUUAUUGGGGCUCAUUACCCAGGAACAACAACAGUGCUUAAUGCCUUGCUAACCCAAAAGAAACUUUGGUCUUCAGAAGACUACAGCACUUUCAACAAUGAAGUGGGUGCCGGCUGCUGGGCACGAAUUCUCAAUCAAAACUUUGUGAAUGGGAACAUGACUGCUACUAUUGCUUGGAAUCUAGUAGCUAGUUACUAUGAAGAGUUGCCUUUUGGACGGUGUGGUUUAAUGACAGCACAAGAACCAUGGAGUGGACAGUACACUGUAAAUCCUCCCAUAUGGGUCACAGCACACACAACCCAGUUCACGCAACCAGGCUGGUACUACCUGCAGGUCGAUGGGCAUCUGGAAGCAGGUGGCAGCUAUGUAGCUCUGACUGAUGGUCAAGGCAAUCUUACUAUCAUCAUUGAAACAAUGACACAUGACCACUCUGAAUGCAUCAGGCCACCUCUGCUUCCAUUCUUUGUGUCACCACAGAAAGCAACCUUCCAUCUUAAAGGAUCCUUUAGCAAACUGACCGCUCUUCAAAUGUGGUAUUCUAAGCUUGAAUUUACAUCUUCCAACUCCACCUUGUUCCAGUCACUUGGGCCUAAAAACGUCAGCGAAGGGGUGGUGACACUAAAUCUGGGCCUGGAUGAGGUCUAUACUUUGACAACCCUGACCACGGGACAUAAAGGCCGUUUGCCAGAGCCUCCCCCAUCCCAGCCUUUUCCAUCCUGUUACAAAGAUGACUUCAAUAUCCGUGACCCUUCUUUCAGGGAGGCACCCUACUUUGCUGAUCAAACUGGAGUAUUUGAGUACUUUAUGAACACUUCUGCUCCUCAAGACCAUGUAUUUACACUCCGACAAGUGGUGACACAGAGACCUGUAACUUGGGUUGCUGAUGCAAGGAACACCCUGAGUAUUAUAGGCAAUUACAAAUGGGUAAACCUAACAAUAACAUGUGAUGUUUAUAUAGAAUCAGAUAAUGGAGGUGCAUUUAUUGCUGGCAGAGUUAACAAGGCUGGAAUAUAUGUUGGAGAUGCUCAAGGCAUUUUCUUCUGGGUUCUUCCAGAUGGCACGUACCGAGUCACAGGUGACCUGCAUGGUGAAAACGUCUUGAUGAAAGGGCUGGCGGGUGUACGGACUAAAUCAUGGCACACACUCACACUGAUUCUUACGGGCUCCAAUGCCUCUGGCAUGUUAAAUGGCAAUCUCCUCUGGGCGAACGUCACUGUGUUCUAUCCAAAGAAUGGAUGGGCAGCUAUUGGGACACACUCAUUUGAGCUUACACAGUUUGACAACUUUCAGGUUCAGGCCAGCUGAAGUUUCCACCGUUUUUUUCCUCCAUUGUACUAGAGCCAAGUCAAACAUCAAAUGUUUGAUUUUUCUGUUGUAAAAGAUCCUUUUUGUUUCUUUCCUACUGUCCUUAUAAAUGCAUUCAACUUUCUCCUGAAUGGGUAAAUAUGUUUGCAUCAUCCUAAUUAUAUUUCUCAAAGAAUUCAUCUGUUUUUCUCCUGAGCAGAAAACCUUAAUUCUACAAAGUGUUUUUUUCUUUUCAUUCAAAUUUCUGUUGCAAGCUGUAAAUGAACUACAACUCACUCCUAUGCUUUCUGCUGAUUGGGAUAACAGCCUAGCAUUAUUUUUAAGAAACUUGAAAAACAAAUGCUGUUUUCAGUUGUUUCUGAUACCUAUGAAGUCUAUUCUUUCACUGAGAUUUCAACUUAAUCAAGCCAGGUACCCAGUGUAUGUGACAAUUAUGGAGUGUGGUAUUCUAAAGAUAUUACACUUCUUUUUAUAUUCCAUCUGAGGUGAUGCAGCAAAGGACUCAGCAGAUUUGUCUGCUCCCAUGAAAUAAGAGAUGACACAUACUUGUCUGAUGCCUUAAUUCUUCUGCCUGUUUUUAAUGAAAAAGAAACCAGCUAAUGGUUGGCUGGAUCUUAUAUGAAGUGCCUGUUUAAAAACUACCUCUGCUGCUAACAGCAGUGUGGCAAAUACGAUGAAAGUGCCUGUGUUUUAUUCUGUGGUUAACAGCCCUGCAAUUUGUAUUGCUUUUUGUUUCUGUUCUCCUUUCCUUCCAAAAAAAAGGAAGGGGGAAAGAUCUCCUGAGUGUUGCUGUGAAAAUUCGCCGUCCAUUCACACAUGAAGGUGUUCCUCUACGGCCACUUUGAAAACACUCCAAGCUGCUGUUAAGUCUACACAUCUGUGUGAACAGUAAUCUCUGUGUGGGUAAUUUAAAUGACAUUUCCCAGCUUUUAUGGUGCUGGAUUGACAGCUGUUUGCAAGGAGGAAAUGGUUGGCACAAACAGAACCUCCAUGUGGGCUAGUUGUAAAACCAUGAUUGGCCUGCUGCAUUUUCAGUGUCAUCCUGUAUGAAAGAUGUACAAUAUUUUGCAUUGACCGCUAAUCUGUUUUACGUGUGUAGGCCUGCUUUGUAAGAAAGAUGGGAGGUCUCCCAUUGGAAGCAGAUCCAUAAUUAUUUGGCAAGAGUGGAAGCAUUAAAUGGCCCAAGGGAGCAGAGCCAUUUGCCUGUUGGCAGUAUACUGGGUAACCUCCAUAUACAAAACACUAUAUGAGCUACUGCCAAGCACAAAUUCUAACCCCAAACUCCAAAAAGUGAGGGACAGAGCUGCACAAAGAUAUAGCCACAUAUUCCUCCUUCUUUAACUGAUAAGUCGUAGAAUGCAUCUUUUAUGACACCCAUGCCCAGAUUCUUAAAAUCAUCAAUUUGAUCUUUUUCUGUUGUUGGCCCAUUGAAAUUAUGGGAUAGAUUGUGAUAGAAAAUGCCCCUUUUAAGAAAGGUUCUCUCCACCUCCCUUACAAUUUAAAUAGGUUUCUGAGAAAUGGAUGGUUCAGAUCUCUGUUUUUCAGGCCAAAGAACGCACAAGCCCUUUGAUUUUAUAAGGAGCCUCUUCAGUUUUGUAGUUAAACCCAAGAUGCCUUGGAUUAACCUUAAUUGACUGUUUCAUCCAGAUUAGGAAACAGUUAUUUGCUUUAGAACAGGCCAGGUUAUUAAAUCAGUUUUGAAACCAUAGCUCAAUGUAUAACUUGUUCCAAGGUUAUUAAUCAUAGUUUUCCCCCCAGUUCAGAUAAAAGAGAAAGUGACUUUCAGUGGAAACCCUUCUUAGUUUAUUCACAGCAAAGGGACUUCAUUUACAUACAGGUGGUGAUACCCUAGCAUAAGAAGCUAAGAUAUUAUUGCUUAAAUAUACUUGAAGCGUAAUAAAAUUUAUGUACGUUUAACUCAUGGAGGGUACGUUAUGAGAGAUCAAUACUUCACGCCUGUCCUGUUCAUUAGCUUGAUACUUCAGGGUAGGCAAAAAGUAGCAAACAAGCCAGAGAGUGUUCCUAAGAUAUUUAAAUACAGCCUCCUUCCACUGCUGCCCAAAGCACCUCCAUUUUUUUAAGUGAAAAGUUUUGAUUAAAACUUCCCCUUGUGUUCUCAACAGGAAAAGCUGUUGUAUCAUCUUCUUUUGGGCCGGGAAUACUGUCUCCCAUAUUGAACUCCUUAUUUUAACAGCUACACAAAUGGAGAACUCUACUGAAGGAUAUCCAUGAGUGUCUUAUGUGAACAUGGAUGCUUUAUGGUUAUAAUGUAUUUGAUCAAAGAUGCUGAUCAGACUAGACUCCGAAAGAAAGAAAUUACGUUUUUCAUUAUGACAUUUCCUUCCUGAUAGCCUGAUGGAUAUAAGGGAUGAACAACUACAUCUGUUCCAAAGAUGUGAUCUUUUAAAAAAUGUUUUUGCACUAGGUUAACAGAUGGUUCUAUUUUUGCAUUGUGUACUAAAUAUAGUUAUAAUCACAAGUUCAGUUUCUUGUUAAUUUAUGAAAUAUAUUUGAAGUUGCAGUGUUGUAAUUAUUCUAAGCAGGUGAAUGUUCGUUGUGUGUUGGGCUUACCCGAUUCUUAACAAGCUGUGUUUAUAUUUUAGUGAAAGGCUGACAUAUAUGUGAUUGACUAUUGCAAAAAUCUGAUAUUUCAAGCGGGGGAAAAAAAGGAAAAAUAAAUACUGUUUUAAAAUUG